AAAAGGUACAUGUAAUUCUACCCAAAAAUUAUGAAGAAUACAAAAGACAAAUCAAGACAAGUAAUAUUUACAUAAUUUCCAUUACAAGAGAAACCUAAGAACAACUAUCCGCCACUGGUGCUUACCAAGAAUAAUUAAUCAGCACGUGGAGAAUAUAUAAAUAUCGACUGAGCUAUUAUAUUAAUCAUAUUAUCGCAAUGAAGUUUUGGCUGCUUCUUGUAUUUUGUGCAUACUUCGCCCAUGAAAGUUUUGCCCACAAGUUACCACCUGGGGGCUUGGUAUGGAAGAACUGCACAAGACCGAACGAGGUAUACAAUUGUGGCAGCGCUUGUCAGACCGAGUGUGCGACUCUAGGAGAACCCUGUCCAAUUGUAAAUUUUAGGUGUAAUGAUAAAUGUUACUGUGUGAAGGGCUAUGCCAGAGAUGGAAAUGGGGACUGCAUCAAAAUAGAAGAUUGCCCUCCAAAGCAUAAAUAAUUUAAAAAAAUGUGUUAAAGUGACUGAUUUUUCAUAAGUGUGUACUAAAUGUGAUUAUAGAUGUAGGUUAUAAACAGAUAUUAAUUACUUGAAGGAAAACUCCAUCCCUUCAUAAUAAAGAUUUUAAAUAAC